AUGCUGGCCCACAGCCGCCCCGGAGCCGGGUCCAGGCCGGGCAAUGGCGCAGCAAAGGCGGGGGCGGGAGGGCGCUCGGCGCCGCCCUUGCAGCCCGCCCCGGCGCUGACCCGCCGCGCCUUGGUGCACCCCGUUCCCUCGCCACGGCCCACCCCUGGGCUGGUCCGGCAGCGGCCCCAGCGGCAGCGACCCCAGGAGCUGCCUGGAGCUACCCCGGAGCAGCAGCAGCAGUUCCCCGGCAGCGAGCUCGACGCGGCGGCCAAGGCCGAGGCGGCCGCCGCCAAGCUGCAGCGGUACCCCUGGCACAGCGACGAGUGGAAAGAAGAGUACAGGAAGCAAGUGCGGGUGACCUUUGACUUUGAGCGGUGGAGGACGCACCGCAGCUCCAGCCGCUUCUGGCGCCACAUGGCCGGCCUGGCUCAGUCCAACACGGCGCAGGGGCUGGCGCAGCCGCUGGCUUACGUCAUGGCGGUGUCGCUGGGGGUGGCGGCAUACCACGUGGCGGCAGCGGCCGGCUGGCUGCCGCUGUGGCCUGUCCUCAAGCUGGCCGCCAACGCGCCCUUCGGCCUCACCUCCUUUGCCCUCUCCCUGCUCCUCGUCUUCCGCACCAACUCCAGCUACGGGCGGUGGGAUGAGGCGCGCAAGAUGUGGGGCCUGGUGGUGAACCGCAGCCGCGACCUGACCCGGCAGGCGCUGGGCUACAUCCCUGCCCACCAGGCCGAACUGCAGAGCAUGCUGUGCCGCUGGGUUGUGGCCUACAGCCGCUGCCUGAUGUGCCACCUGCGUGAGGGCGAGGACCUGGAGGCAGAGCUGAGGGGUGUGCUGCUGCCUGAGGAGGUGGCCGAGCUGCUGGCUGCCGAACACCGCCCCAACUACUGCUGCCAGGUACUGACGGAGGUACUGCGUGAGGCGCAGCUGCCCGCGGCGGUGACCAGUCCCACCGACAGCACGGGGUGCGUGCCCGCGGGGGCUGCGUACCGCAUGGACGAAAACCUGACGGUGUUCGAGGAUGUGACGGGCGGGUGCGAGCGCCUGCUGCGCACCCCCAUCCCUCUGGCCUACACCCGCCACACCUCGCGCUUCAUGAUGGCCUGGCUGACCAUCCUGCCCUUUGCGCUGUGGGACACCUGCGGCUGGGCCAUGCUGCCCGUCAUGGCCAUCGUCGCCUUUGUGCUGCUGGGCAUCGAGGAGAUUGGGGUGAGCAUCGAGGAGCCCUUCUCCAUCCUGCCCCUGGAGACCAUCUGCCGCACCAUCGAGAGCAAUGUGCGGGAGAGCGUGGGCGCGCACUGCCAGCGCCAGGCCCGCCGCGCGCAGCAGGCGCAGCAUGGCGGCGUGCCCGGCGACCUCCCCAAGCGCCACGCCCACAGCAACGGCAACAACGCCGUGCCGGCCCUGCUGUUCAUGCCGCCGCAGCCCGUGGCCUCUGCGGGGCAGCAGCACUAG